AAAGCGCAGGUAGCGGCGGGGGCGGCCGCGGUCCGGAGUGGUGCGCGCUGUGCCAGGCUGGGCGCCUGGCUCCCCGGGGCUCCCCAAGAUGCUGUUCUGGCACACGCAGCCCGAGCACUACAACCAGCACUCCACCGGCAGCUACCUGCGUGAUGUCCUUGCACUGCCGAUCUUCAAACAGGAGGAGCCCCAAUUGUCUCCGGAGAAUGACACCAAACUGCCUCCGUUUCAGUAUGUUCUCUGCACAGCCACAUCCCCUGCUGUAAAGCUGCAUGAAGAAACCCUUACCUAUCUCAACCAAGGUCAGUCUUAUGAAAUCCGUCUACUUGAGAAUAGGAAAUUGGGAGAGUUUCAAGAUUUAAACACAAAAUAUGUAAAGAGCAUCCUUCGGGUGGUUUUCCAUGAUCGGCGUCUGCAAUACACAGAACACCAGCAGCUGGAAGGCUGGAGAUGGAGCCGGCCUGGAGACCGCAUCCUUGAUAUAGAUAUCCCACUGUCAGUCGGUAUCUUAGAUCCCAGGGCCAGCCCGACCCAGCUAAACACUGUUGAAUUUCUGUGGGAUCCGUCCAAAAGAGCAUCUGCAUUCAUUCAGGUACAUUGUAUCAGCACAGAAUUUACGCCAAGGAAACAUGGUGGAGAGAAAGGGGUGCCCUUCAGGAUACAAAUCGACACAUUUAAACAGAAUGAGAAUGGCGAAUAUACCGAACACUUGCAUUCUGCAAGCUGCCAGAUCAAAGUGUUCAAGCCUAAGGGAGCUGACAGAAAGCAGAAAACUGACAGAGAGAAAAUGGAGAAGAAGACUGCCCAAGAGAAGGAGAAAUACCAGCCCUCCUAUGAUACGACCAUUCUCACAGAGUGUUCUCCAUGGCCAGAUUUGCCUUAUCAAGUGAACAACGCUCCAUCUCCAAGUUACAACAGUUCUCCAAACAGCUUCAGCCUUGGAGAUGGCAACAGUUCUCCAACCCACCAAGUGGAGCUCCUGCCUCCCAGCAACGAUCACCUCCUUCCCUCUGCUUCUAUUCAAGAUGUCCAGCAGUGGCUUCAUCGUAAUAGGUUUUCUCCAUUCUGUAGACUCUUCUCAAGUUUCUCGGGUGCUGACUUACUGAAGAUGUCCAAAGAAGAUUUUGUUCAGAUCUGUGGGCCUGCUGAUGGAAUUCGGCUCUUUAAUGCAAUCAAAGGAAGAAACGUAAGGCCUAAAAUGACAAUUUAUGUCUGUCAAGAACCAGAGCAGAACAGGUCUCAUCUGCACCAAAAACGAGAGAAUGGAGAUGGUAAUCUGUGUGUAUAUCAUGCAGUCUUCUUGGAAGAGCUGACAACCCUGGAAUUAAUUGAGAAGAUUGCAAACUUGUAUAGCAUUUCCCCACAGCAGAUAAAUCGGAUCUAUCGGCAAGGACCUACAGGGAUCCAUGUAUUAGUGAGCAAUGAGAUGGUGCAAAACUUCCAGGAUGAGUCUUGUUUUGUUAUCAGCACAUUAAAAGCUGAAAGCAACGAUGGCUACCACAUCAUUUUAAAAUGACCACUUGGCCUAGCAGGACUGUAACAGCCUAAAACUACGAUGCCUCACCAAGAUUGCUGCAACCCAGACUGGAAACAUGAAGAUCCAUUUGGAUAAAGCGCUCCCAUGAACUGAAAAAUACCAAAGGUCUUAAGGAAAAACAAACUUCGUAGACAAGUGGUUUUCUGAGAAUGGAGAUGAGAAUAUCUUCAGAGCGUCUGUGUAUUUUUCUACCCCUUCCCUCCUAUUUAGGCUUUUAAAUUGUUGAGGGUCCUGCUUAUUGCUCAGAUACAUCUGCCUUUUUCUAAAGGGAAAUGCAAAACGAAAAGCAAUUCUCAUGGCUGGAACUGGUUUAUCUACAGUGCCUUCUGAGUACUCUUGCAUUCAGCACCAGUCUCAUCUCAGAUACAAGCUAUUAUCCUCUUUCUAGACAGAGGACUAUAGGUGGGAUCCACGAACGGGCGUAGGUGUAACAACAUUGAGUGUCAUAGUGCCUAGAAAAUCCCUGGAACAACAUUGCGAGCCACAAAGCCAAUUUAGACACCUUGGCUCCCUGUACAAUGAAUGGGGAGAGAUAGGCACCUUUGACUGCGAUCCACAAAGUCAACACGCUGCAUGGAGGCACCUAUCUUGGCUAGUGAUCCACAAACUGGAGGAACACAGGUGUUUGGCUGCCCGUGUGGGACCCAAAACAUAACAGCUGUGGGGAGGGGAGAAAAACUUCCCUUAUCGUUAGCCUGGUGGAUAGGGUACACUCAUAGGAUGUGGGAGAUCCCCAGUGCAAGUGCCCCCCCCCCCUCAUCCUGAGGGGUAGAAACAUGGAAGAUCCCUGUUCAGAUUCUCUCAAUGUGAGGUCCCUAGCCACUAGGCUAUGGAAAAUUCUGAGGUGAGGUUCCCUCAGUUUCUCCUAUUGAAGUUGUUCCAUUGUUUAAUUUAAAGUGGAAUCUUUAGAUGCCUAAGUCUGCUUGUUUUCUGGCCCAAUUAAUAUUUAAGUAUCUGCAUGCAUCCCGUCCUGUGUUCCUAUAACCAGUCAGUUAUGGCUGUUUGUGAUUCACACUGCAUUGUUCUAUCUUUCCUCUUUAAAAAAACAACCAACCAACACUUUCCUCUCCUUCUCAGUGCCCCUGGUGAGCAUUUCGUCCUGCUGCCUUCCCAUUCAAUUUGACAACACAGCAGAUACUGGGCUAAUUUCCAUUUUUGGUACCCUGCUAAGCUUUCUCUAGACCUCUUCUCCAGCUGCCCCCUCUCUUUUUUUCACUCAGCUGUAAGACCUGCGUAGCUACAUCUGUUCCACUGUUGCUACUAGAGGUGAAUGUGUAUUGUUCCAUUUUAGCAUGCUGCCAGAAGGACUCCACAUGGAUGGAAAUGUACACACAUACAAUCCAAUGAUUUUUUUUUUGGAGGAUGCAAAUGAGGACAAAUCAAGGCGAACAAUUCACACUAUAUUUUUUUAGCUUAGAAUAGCUUCAGUCAAGUGCAUUGUGUUUUGAGAAUGACUUUAAAUCUCUUGACAACUUAACUCUGGAUUUAUUCCAUUCAACGAAAGUUUUUGGUAACUGAUACUUGCUGUAAAUGUUAGGUUUUAGUUGUGGUAGCUUCUGUUUUCUACAUAAGCUAUCUGCUGUAGCAAAUGCAAUCAAGUAUCAGGGGGUAGCCGUGUUAGUUUAUGCAAUCAGUUUAUUUGAAUCUAAGAUCAGGUAAGGGGGCAUUCCGAAUACUUGCUCCUCGCAUACAUCUGCUGUGUCAUUCUUGCUUCCUGUUCGCAUGCCUGUAUCUACCAUUCUCCUUUUCAUCUUUAUGGGCCUGAUCUGGCUCCCAUUGAUUUCAAUUGACGCUGGAUCAGGCCCUUGUUGCAUUUCACUCUUUUUGGUGGCUAAUUAGGAGAGCUGAUUGAAAAUGAGAAUUUCUUUCCUGUGGGCAAUUGAGACUUUGCCAUUUGUUUUUUUUGCCCUGAGUUGGUCUGAACAGUUGAAAUACAAAACGUUUCACAGGAUGAAAAGUUUUGAAAAACAGCCGUUUUGGAAAUGUUGAAACCAAACAUUUCAAAUUGGAAGUGUCAAAACAUUGUCAAAAUGAGCUGUAGUUCAGGUGCCUCCUGCUCCACUUCUCCCCUGUGGGCUGGACUCCAGUUCCCAUGAUGCAUUGUGUAGUAGCUUAGCCAGUGGGGGUGGAGUGGGAGGUGUGCGUGGCGGCGUAGUGCAUUAUGGAAGAUGUAAUGUGGGAUGGAGUCCAGCCCACAGAGGAAAAUGGGGAUACAGGGCACUCUGGUAGAUUGAUUAAUUUCUAAUGGACACGCAACAAUUUUUUAAUUUUUUUUUCAAAUAAAUAAAAUAAAAUAAAAUGCGGGGGGGCGGGGGAGAGAAUCAACAUUUUCCAAUGGAAAGGUGUUUCUGUUAAAAAAAACAAACAAAAAAACCCUGCCUCUUCCUGUCCCCCCACCCCUCCCAAUAAACAGUUACUACAGAUAUUUCCCAGCCUUCUCUGCUAAUUAACAUUUCAAAUACAGGCCCUACUCUUGCCCAAUUGGCUGCUUUGUACGCUGCCCCAGCUGAAACUUUGUGCAGAAAGGUGGCCAAAACUCUGGUUGAAUGAAUUUUAUUCAAAUUGGAGCAGGGAACUUUACUUGUGCCCCUUGUUUCCUGGGUGCAAGAUCUGAGCCCCGUAGUUCUAUCAGUCUGAGUGCUCCAUUCCCUGAUAUGGACCCCUUGAUUAAGAUGAAGUGUGAAUCCGAGGCAGUGCCGCAGAACUUCUCUGGGCACAAGUCAGGGGGACGGAAUGUCUUUGAUUUUGAAAUGAAAUGUCCUAUAGUUAGUGAUACAACUUUUAUGUAUCGAAAUGCCCUAACUUGUGAAGGAAUAACUAUAGUUCUACUGGGAUUACACUGACUCAAUGGGACGCUUGGGAGACUGCACUUGCCUAACGAAAACCUAUCUGUACAAAUCUGUGUAGGUGCAUCCUGGCUAUAAUGGUGCAUUUUAAGAACUUCCUGCUGCCCGAUUUCAGGGCUACUGGGGUUUUAUAGAACGCCUACAUAGACAGGUUAUUAAUAUAUUAUGUCCUAAAGGCUAUAUGGGAAUUUGCAUUGACUAAAAAGAUCUUGCUGUAUAAUCCACAGACUAUGCUGUGAUGGAUGCAUAGACCAAAAAUCCUUAUCAAUACACUGCCAAUGCAUAUAGGGACACCAGUCAGAGCAAUAUCUUUGGGUCAAAUCUAGGAGCAUGAUGCAGGCAAACCUCCCACUGCAGUUAUGGAUGUUUUGCCUGAGUAAAGACUGAGCAAAGACUUCAGAUUUUGUCCUCUUGGCUGUUCUGUAUGUGUGUUAAAUGUCUAAAGGAAAAAAUCUCCACUAUGCUCAAAUUACUUUAGAAUAACUUAGUUUUAAUGUAUAGCAGAUUUGGAAUCUAUAGAAGUGCCUAAACGUCUGAAACCUGUUGUGAUUUUGCCCUCUCUGAUGUGCUUUUAAACUGGAACCAAAGCCCUGCUUCAGUCUCUCAGGAGAAUGAGAUUUCUGUAGUUUGCCUCUCUCCAGCUUUUUGUCCAGAAUGUGUACAGUAGAACUUUAGAUUCCUGGAGGUUCUAAUGAAACCACACAUUGUAUCCUGAAUGGUCGUGGGAUCUGCAACAGUCACAAUGCAAUCUCUGGCUCAGAGCGGGAUAGAUGGGUGUGAAUGAAAGCAAUUUGGCACCUCCCAGCGUGUAACAAGGCACGAACAUAUUCCCAAAACAGAGCAACAGCUGAAUUUAUUUAACAAAUCACCUUAUCGACCGGCAUACAGGAGUAAGUGUGUUGGGACAAUUAAUGCCUAAUUGGCGGUGGUUAGAGAAGUCUUGAAAGCACCUAAAUAUGCAUCUAUUCAGCUUCUGGAGGAAAAGGUACAAAUGUGCUGAUUUGAAUGAGUACCUUCCUCUUAAAAUGAGACAGUUGCUGUUAGACAAAAUGCAAACUCCACUUGCUUCCCCAGGUACUCACUCCUUGUUAUGUUAAUUGGCCAGAAUUUAAACAGUCUGAGAUGUCUCCUGAUGCUUUUCAGACUUGGCUCUAGUUGUAUUGAGUGGGAUCUAACUGGGUAUAAAAUCUCACGCUAAACACAUUGAAGAAUAUCUGGGUUUUUUUUUUAAAUCUAUGGAGGGCAAUUUCCUAAUAAUGUAAUAUAUAUACUAUCCUGUGUAUAUUGACAUGUAUAUGAGCUAGGUAUUUGCUGUGUCCUUUGGCUUUAGUUGGCAUUCUGCUUUGUUUAAUUUCUAUUCACUGUAAUGAACUCUGGUUGAUCAAGCGUAGAGACCCAACUGGUCCCAUUGGGUAGAAAUUUAAAAGUAUGUAAUCAUUGCUGUGGUUUGAAUUAAGCUUGGUACGCUUGAAAUUUGAUGCGUUUCUAUGGUAUAAACAGUGCCUUGGUAAAGACAACCAUAUUUUUAUACUAAUUCUGUUACUCUAUAUUGUAGCUUCUGGAAGACUGAGUUAAAUACAGUUUUAAAAAAAUAGAUUGGGCAAAGCUUUGGAAUAAAAGCUAUUCCCUGAGCGGAACAACCACACAGCAACUAUGAUAGCUUGAUGAUGUAUUGCUUAAAUGUUUUGUUGUAAUUCCAACAAUCCUCCAAAGGAUCACAGUGCUAGGGGUUUCAUUUGACUGUACUUUCAAAGAAAUGCUUGCUCAGAUUGUGAUUAUUUUCUUCCUCCUUCAGCUAUGAAACGAAAUGGUUAACUUUCUGCAUAAUAAGCCAAUACUCCUUAAUACUUUGCUAAGAUUAUGAUACAGCACAAUGUACUCUGAGUGGGGCAAAAGUUGUACUGGGAUUGGUAUCUUUUCUAUGGAUGCAGAUGAAAAGGCAGACUGGGCGUAUAUUUUAAUUCACCCGUCUGUUUAAAAAUGGGUUAAGAUAGUGCCUAAUUUUCUGUGCAUUUCAGAUUUGUACCUUUUUUUGGUAAUUCCCUAAAAUUUGUUCAGCUCUCGCCCCCCCCCCUCCUCUCCCCCAAGGUUUUUCAGGGUUUUUUUUUUUAAUGGCUUGUAUUUCUCUAAAUUUAAAGUUGUUUUCCCAGUUUGCUUGGGGUAGGUGUUUUUCUUUCCAAGGGCUAUGGGAGUCCCCUCUCUUCGCUGACAAUGCAGCCAUUGACCAGUAAGUCUGUGAUUAGCAAAGGGUGAAUGGAGGUGGUUAGAAUAGAGGCUGAGGCAUACCAGUUGUGAGUAAUACUGCCACACCUUUUUGUUUUUGUUUUUUGUACGUGAAAUAAAAAGCAUAUUUUGCACUGGCUAUUGUACUGUUGUGCAGAAGAAAAGAAAUCUGUAUCUAGAAUCUGUGCUCCAGUCAAAAUGCAAAUAAACUUGUUUGUAAGAAA